AUGGCAAUCUUGACGGUUGAGCAUCUGCUCAAGUUUGUGUUUGAGACGACGACGGACUUGGCGUUUGUGCCGAGCCUGGCGGUGGUUGCGGAGCGCGGGCGGCACUUUGAGCUGUUUGUGGGCCUGGCUCAGUUUGUGACGUCGCUGUGCUACAACCUCACAGAUGCGCUGGACGUGGAGCUGUUCUUGUCUGGGCGCCAGUGGCACGAGCUCACCAACAUCUUCACCGUAACAUAUGGCCUGCACCUGUGCAUUUUUCUCAUGGGCAACCGCCACGAGGCCCGCGACACGGUGCUGCGGUACCUGUCCUUUGCGCUGGUGUGGAUUGCGCAGAUCAAGGACCGGUACUGGAUGGUGGAGACGCGGUACACGGCGUAUGUUGUGGGCGUGUUUGUGCUGCUGAUGGUGGUGAAGCUGGUUGGGGACGUGAAGCCGCCACCGUUCCAGCGGGGGAAAGUGCUCCGGGGCCUGGGUUCCCUCGCAGCAGCCGCUGCCUUCUUCUACCUCAGCCUUGACGACGAACACGACCCGUACCGCCUCUUUCACGGCCUUGCGCAGGUCAUGGUUGGUAUGGCGUUAUGGUUCAUGUGGCAAGCGUUUCCAGAGAACCUCCAACACACUGCUGCGACCACCCAAAACAUGCGGCUGUCGUGGCGACACGUCUCUGUGGUGCUGCUUGUGGUGGUGGUGCUGCUCGUUGUUGAGCGCGGGCGACACUACCAAGACGUGCGCAGAGCAAGAGACCUUGCCGCGCCAUGGGAUGAACACGAAGACCACCACCAACAGCAACACCAGCAGCACCAGCAGCAACAUGGGCCUCCACGGCAAGUGGGGGAUGGGGGCGACGAAGUUGUGCAGAGCCAGCUGCAGGAUCUCGUCAAGCGGCAGGAAAAGCUGGAGACGCUGCUGCACCAGCAAAAGCAGGAGAACGACCAUCUGAAGCAAGCAUGGGUGAAGAAGGAGAAAGAGCACGAGGCCGAGUUGCAGCGCAUCAAGGCUGAGCAACGGGAUCAGCAGCACAAGCAGCAGGAGCUGGAACAGAAACAGGACGUGCACCAUCAACAGCUCAAGGAGCACCAGCAGCAACAACAACAGCAGCAGCAGCAAGCUCAGCAACAGCAACAGCAACAGCAACAGCAACAGCAACAGCAAAGCCAAGCAGGUGGCGGAGAUGUGGCGGCGGUGGUGUCAUCUUCAUCGGAGUACGUGGUGCGUGGGAACAAGGCAGACGUCUGCGUGACGCUGGACAAGGACACAAACAGGUGCAAGUACCACCGGUGCGGCGGAUCGCCAGACACGGAUGCCAUGGCGCCGUACGGGCUGAUCCAUCGGCCAGAGUCCCUGCGCACGUCGACAAUGCGCAUCAGCGGCCAGCGCGGGGCCGGAUCUGGUUGCCUCGUCGUGCACAAGUACAAGUUCAUUGUCACGCACGUGCUGAAGAGCGGCGGGUCAGAGAUCAAGGGCGCAUUCAUGAAGUGGCUGUGCGGCAACCACGACCCGACCUGCCCCGGCGUGUAUGAGGUGGACAACUGCGCCCCGUCCGUGCGCGCGCAUCCAGACUACUUGAUCGUCACCUUCGUGCGCAACCCGUACUCCCGCGCCAUCUCCUCAUGGGCCAUGGCCGUCGACUUUAUGCGGGACAAGAGCGGCACACCGACGGAGUUCUCCGAGUGGGCGCUGGACCCGGACCGCGGCUCCAUGAAGAUGGGCUCCUUCCUCGCCAGCGUGCACUGGAGCCCACAGGCCAUGUUCAACGCCGACAACCGCGGCUGCCCCGUGUUUGACUUUGUCGGCCACCUUGAGAAUCUCAACGAGGACCUCGUGCGCGUGUCCAAGAUCCUGGACGUGCCGGAGCUCAUUGACGCGUCUGUGAACCGCCCCCUGCACAAGCCCCGCGUCAACAACGCCGGCGAGCGCGCAGCCAAGGAGAAGGGCUCGCGGGCCGACUUUUACACAAAGGAGGCUGCACAGGCCGUCGUCAAGAGAUUCAAGGAGGACUUUGAGAUCUUCGGCUUUGACACCCAGACUUACAUGGGCAAACAAAUGUUCUAGCUUGUGUCUCUGAGUAUGACUGCGUUGUGUAUGUGUCUGUUUGUGUGUCUGUGUCUGUUGUGUGUCUGUGUCUGUUUGUGUGUCUGUGUC